UCUUAAAUGGAGUUGAAAGUUGAUGUGUUGCUUUUAGUUUUGUUAGUGAUGGUGUGUUGUGAGUCAAUGAAUUUGACUGGCAGCGAGUGUCCGAAUGUGAAGGCUUGUUUGUCUUGUAUCAGGAAGAGGCGACAUCUGACGUUUCCUGAUAAAAGUAAUGUUGUUCUAACAAUAUCGCUAGUUAAAGCCUUUAUGACGCACGCACCGUCAGGCUGGAACAUUGCUUUGGAGAUAGACGUCUUGUUUCCCCUACCAGACUCCAAGUUCACCAAUUCUCACUUCAGAAAGAAAAUUCACAAUCGUCAGAAACGACAGUUUUGGAAAAGAAUGGAAAGGGCUAUUGAUUUCCACAAUUUAAAUGGCCGUUCCUGCGUUUUGAGGAGUAUCUGUGAAGCACAGAAGUCGCUGGCACCGCCUGGAAGUUCCUUAGUUCAUGAUAUACUAAGGGCUAUAUUCACGGUUCCAGUAAAUGAUGAAGAAUUUAACAGCGAAAUGAGAGGGCACUACGAUGAACUCACAAAUCCAAAUUUUUGCGAAAUGACAAAUGACUGCCCGUUUUCAUUACUCCAUUUUGUUCUUUCAUUAAACCAGCGCGGUUCAUAA